CAAGGGAAGGUUCGGCGCGCGCCAGUCUAGGAGAAGGCGGACCGCAGGGCCCAGGGUUGGGGUCCCAGCUGCGACCCCAGUAGAAGAUGAACGGGACGCAUAGCUGGUGUACAUUGGUGGAUGUGCACCCGGAGGGGCAGACCGCGGGCAGCGUGGACAUUCUCAGGCUGACUCUCCAGGGUGAACUGACAGGAGAUGAACUUGAACGCAUAGCCCAGAAGGCCGUCAGGAAGACCUAUGCCAUGGUGUCUGGCCGCUCAACUGGUCAUUCUCUGGCCUCAGAACUAGUGGAGUCCAACGAUGGACAUGAAGAGAUCAUUAAGGUGUACUUGAAGGGGAAGUCCGGAGACAAGAUGAUCCAUGAGAAGAAUAUUAACCAGCUGAAGAGUGAGGUCCAGUAUAUCCAGGAGGCCAGGAACUGCCUGCAGAAGCUCCGGGAGGAUAUAAGUAGGAAGCUCGACAGAAAUCCAGGAGAUUCUCUCCAUCAACAGGAGAUACAGGUGGUGCUAGAAAAGCCAAAUGGCUUUAGUCAAGGUCCCCUGACCCCACAUAGCAGCCCACCCGAGGUGGACACCUAUAUAGAUGAAGAUGUCGAGAGCUUGAGGAGGACCGUGCAGGACUUGCUUGUCAAGCUGCAGGAGACUGAGCGGCAGCACCAGUCAGACCGUGUGGAUUUUGAGGUCACACUCAGUCGGUACCAGAGAGAAGCAGAACAGAAUCAGGUGGCCCUUCAGAGAGCAGAGGACAGAGUGGAACAGAAGGAGGCGGAAGUCGGGGAGCUGCAGAGAUGCUUUCUGGGAAUGGAGACGGAGCAUCGGGCCUUACUGGCAAAGGUCAGGGAAGGGGAGACAGCUCUGGAGGAACUUCGGAGCAAGAAGGUUGACUGCCGAGCAGAACAAGAAAAAGCUGCUAACCUGGAAAAGGAAGUGGCUGGGUUGCGGGAGAAGAUCCACCACUUGGAUGACAUGCUUAAGAGCCAGCAGCGGAAAGUCCGGCAAAUGAUAGAGCAGCUCCAGAAUUCAAAAGCUGUGAUACAGUCAAAGGACACUGCCAUCCAGGAGCUCAAGGAGAAGAUUGCCUACCUGGAAGCCGAGAAUUUAGAGAUGCACGACCGGAUGGAACACCUGAUAGAGAAACAAGUCAGUCAUGGCAACUUCAGCACCCAGAACCAGACCAAGACUGAGAACCUGGACAGCGUUAGGAUCGCCAGGCCCCCCAGCCCAAAGCCCAUGCCUCUCAUCCGAGUGGUGGAAACAUGAGCUGAAGGAGACAAGAUGCUGCUGUUGCUGGUGCCUCUGGCCUGAGGAGCAGCCCACCACCCCUGGAGGCUGCCGGCCCUGACUUUGAGUUCCUGACAGCUCCCUUCAUGGUUCUGAACGCCCGUCCUCUACGCUGGGCGGACGGGGGAUGAGCUCCCCCUCUGGACACUGCAGCCUCUGGAGGCCAGCGAUAUCCUGCCCACAGGACCCAGGG